UGUGUGCGCCUGGCCCGGCCGCUCUCCGUGCCGAGCUGAGCCCAGCCAAGCCGGCGCCCCAGCCCCGCCGCUCCCCACAUGCGAGGGGGAGGGGGCUUUACCUGUCCUACCUCGGCGGCUGGCUCCAGAGCCGGGAGAGGGGGGGAAGGAAAGCAGAAUUACCAGUAGCUCUGGUUCUGCCGUCCCGGGCGUUCACACACACCUUCACCUGCACAGACCUGAAAGUCCAGUUCCGCCAGGGAGACGGAGGCACCGGGAAAAGGGGAGAGAGUUCAUUGGAUCAAACAUGUCACAAGAGACGGACAAUAACAAGCGACUUGUGGCCUUAGUGCCAAAUGACACUUCAUUCAACACCAGACGAGCCUACACCAGCGAAGAUGAAGCCUGGAAGUCGUAUUUGGAGAAUCCCCUAACAGCAGCUACCAAGGCUAUGAUGAGCAUAAAUGGUGAUGAGGACAGUGCUGCUGCUCUUGGCCUAUUAUAUGACUAUUAUAAAGUUCCCAGAGAUAAAAGGCUGUUGUCUGUUAACAAAGUGAGUGAUAAUCAAGAAGACCAAGAUAAAAGAAAUUGCCUUAGUACCACGGAAGCUCAGACUACUUUGAGUGGGGGAGAGAACCGCGUGCAAGUCCUGAAGACGGUGCCCGUUAACCUUUCCCUGAACCAAGAUCCUUUGGAGCCGUCCAAAAGGGAAUACAACACAAACGUGUCUGGGAGCUCGACGCCCAUCACGGGGACUGGAGUGACUGUGGUUAAAGUAGAGGAGUUCACCCCUGUUUUUAUGAGCCCGCAAGCACACUAUGCAAGAGGAGAGAAUGAGGAGCACCGAGGAGUUAUCUUUGAACCCUAUGAAGUGUCGAACAUUGCUCCCCAUGCAAAUUAUCUCAAGGAUGACCAGCGCAGUACUCCUGACAGUACAUACAGCGACAACUUCAAAGAGGGAGGAACAGAAAAGUAUCGCAGUGUGUCAGUGGGGGCUGAAGAAUAUAUUUAUGAACAAACAAGCAGCACUUUUCAGUAUACGCUAGAAGCUACCAAAUCUCUGCGUCAGAAGCAAGGGGAGGGGCCCAUGACCUACUUAAACAAAGGACAGUUCUACGCCAUCACCUUGAGUGAGACAGGGGACAACAAAUGUUUCCGACAUCCCAUCAGCAAAGUCAGGAGCGUGGUCAUGGUUGUUUUCAGUGAGGAUAAAAACAGAGAUGAACAGCUGAAAUACUGGAAAUACUGGCAUUCUCGACAGCACACAGCUAAACAGAGGGUCCUUGACAUUGCUGAUUACAAGGAGAGUUUUAAUACCAUCGGAAAUAUUGAAGAAAUCGCAUUCAAUGCUGUGUCCUUUACUUGGGAUGUCAAUGAGGAGGCAAAGAUUUUCAUCACAGUGAAUUGCUUGAGCACAGACUUCUCCUCACAAAAAGGAGUAAAAGGGCUUCCCUUGAUGAUUCAGAUUGAUACCUACAGCUACAACAACCGCAGCAAUAAACCCAUCCACCGAGCCUACUGCCAGAUCAAAGUUUUUUGUGACAAGGGAGCGGAAAGGAAAAUCCGAGAUGAAGAGAGGAAGCAGAACAGAAAGAAAGGCAAAGGCCAGGCAUCCCAAGCCUCGUGCAAUAACUCAGCUGAAGGGAAAUUGAGUGCACUCCCUCUGCAAAAAAAGAGUGAUAUCACCUUCUUCAAAACAAUGUCUGACCUGGAUUCCCAGCCAGUUCUCUUCAUACCAGAUGUUCACUUUGGAAACCUACAAAGAACAGGACAGGUUUACUAUAAUACAGAUGAUGAGAGAGAAGGUGGCAGUGUCCUGGUCAAAAGGAUGUUCCGGCCUGUGGAGGAGGAGUUUGGUCCAUCCCCUUUGAAACAAAUGAAAGAAGAAGGCCUUAAAAGAGUGCUUUUGUAUGUGAGGAAGGAGACAGAUGAGGUGUUUGAUGCUUUGAUGCUGAAAUCACCCACAGUAAAGGGGCUAAUGGAAGCUAUCUCUGAGAAAUAUGGGCUGCCAGUUGAAAAGAUUGCAAAACUUUAUAAGAAGAGCAAAAAGGGUAUCUUGGUAAACAUGGAUGACAACAUUAUUGAACACUACUCCAAUGAGGACACGUUCAUCCUGCACAUGGAGAGCAUGGUCGAAGGCUUCAAGAUUACACUGACAGAGAUCUAGCUUCAUGCAGAGCCUUUUUGUAAGGAACCACAGCAUUUCAUCCUUCUUGAAAAGCAGAGGAUUCCCCGGGAACUUGACAGACAUUGAUCAGAGAAACUGUUACAAGACUGCUUUGAAAAUACUGUCCAUUCUGCAUGUGUGCACCCACUGCAUACAGACUUGGGUUUGUCAAGCACAAGGCCACUCAUGUUAACCAGGACCCUUAUUUAUUGUUCCCCACUCUGUAGUGUAAAAGCAGUUACCAGCCCCCAGAUUUGUAACCAGGAUGUGAAAUGCAGCAUUUUAAUCCAUACUUUUGUGUGGAUAAGCUCAUUCUAAAACACUUUAAGGAUCCAUGCUGGUCUAGUUUCACAAAUCUGGUGUAAAUCACUUUACCAGUAGUUCUCUCGGUCAUUGCUAAAACACUGGUGUAGUGCUAAAGGUGGGGAAAGUGGCUGACAGUUCACUUGCUCAGAUUGAUCCAUAUCUCUCUCUAGUGUAUAGUUUUGCCAAAUACCUCUGGUAGUUCUCAGCACGUAGCAAUGAGGACUUGUAAGUAAGGCAUUCAGCUACAGAUGUCACUUGUAAGUAAAUGGUAAAGAAACCAUUUUAACCAUGUAUAUAAUGUUUAUAAUAUGCAAUAAUAUAUUUUAACUACUGUAUGUGGGCAUGUUUACUGCCACUAUGUUUUUGUAUGUGUUGGGUUUAGGGUUUAACAGAAUCUUUCCUAGAAGAUUAGACUACUGCAGUCUGUUAAGGAGUGUGUACCGAGAAGCUGAUAAUUGCACCUGGACUCAGAUGCUCCACCCUUGCCCACCCAGUUUUAUAGUGAAUUAUUGGAGCAAACCCUAUGCUACAGGGUCUGGAAUACCCUUGGCACAAUGGGACCCACUUAGGUUGCCCAAGUCCCAGCUGGAGAUACUUGAGCGUUCCAUCCAGCUGUCACCAAAUCCAAGAGGCACCAUGUGUCUGCUGCCUGGUGUGCCAGGUGGAGGUACAGAAGGGACUUCUACCUGUUCUGUUGAUGAAGUGGAGGCUCUCAAAGUGGGCUUUUCUCAAGACUCUGGAGGGAAAGGUGCUUUCUGCAACAGCCUGCUCAUUAAAGCAUUCCUCUAAACUGUAAGAAACAGGACUUUAAACUCUUCUUCUUAAGGGUACUUGCUCUUGUAUCUCCACUGAAUGAUUCUGAUUCCUAGAACUCUUAGGUGAGGUAUAAACCCAGCCUUGAUGUAAAUACUUUAUCCAACUGGAACAAUCUUAUCUGUGGAGACCGAGUAUCCCACAACUGAGGUGUGGAGGUGUAGGUCUCUCUCUCACAAGGGCUGGAUCUGAACCCGAGUUGAGCUACUUGGUUAUCCCAUCCAGUAACACCUGUCUCAUGAAUUCUGUGAAGAGAGAAGGUUGCAUAGGCUGCAGUUAUACCAGGAAAUGGUUCAAGGCCUGAACGUCUCCAGCACAUCCAAACCCAGCACCGCACUCUCUCCUUUCCAACGUCUCUGACUGUCAUAGAGAGCUCCUUACUCAGCACACAAGCCUGUGAGUUUCAUCUGCAAGUAUUUUGUUCUCCAUGCAUGUGUGUGGAUCCUGUGUGACAGACAGAAAUGUGAGUCCUUUCCUACAUGCACCAUUUACAGGUUCUUUGUAGUUUUUUCCUUCUAAUUUUUUUUUUUCAUUUGGUCACAGACUCUGCUUUUUUAUAUAGGUGGUUAGUGGCAUAAAGAAGUGCUGCCUCAUUUAACAGGGCUCAUUCUGUAGUGUUUUGAGCUGUAUGGAGCUAUUGACACUCAGGCAAAGUAGUUGGGAUAGCUGACCAGUCUGGUUUGGUCAUGUCUUUGCAUUGGGUUUGUUUCUGCAAGCUCUGGCACUCUUUCUUAACUUUAUUAGCAAUAGCACCCCAUUAAAAUAUGUACUUCAGAUAGAAAUCUUAGGAACCUGUCAAAGUUUCAUAGAAUCAUAGAAUGGUAGGGGUUGGAAGGGAUCUUUAGAGAACAUCUAGUCCAACCCCUGUACAGAAGCAAGUUCACCUAGAUCAGGUCGCAUAGGAACGGAAUCUAUAAAAGGAUCAGGCCAUUAGCAUCAGGGCUAACAUACCCAGAAUCCACAUAUGUCUGCAAAGCAAAAGUAUCUAUUCUGUCUCCCUCCCUCUUCCUUUGUCAUGUGUUUUUUUUCCUUCUGAUGCGGAGUUUUGUAGUCAUUCUAUUAUUAAAAGAAGUAUGUACUCCAGCAGAGAUGUUCUUGCCACCUGGCUCAGGAGCAGACAUCCUGGGAAUACAGGGGAUUUAAGGUGCUUCAGUUUCUGCUUGGCUUGCUCAGAUAAAAAGUCUAUGCUGACUUAACCCAGCUGCUUUUUUCCUUAAAAAAGAAGACAGUUUUGGCAGGUGGCGUUAGGGACUGGGACCAGCACACAGGACUGGUGUCACUUGGAUCAGAAGUUUGGGAUUAGAAGGGUAUCAGCUGGCAUCUCUCACUUGUGAGAUUCUGGGAUUCUGUGAUGUCUGGACAGAAGCUGCAGCUGAAGCAUAGGGGUAAAUGCACAUGGGAGUGGGCCCUGGUUCUACUCCCUGCCAUCAGCAAACCUGCCAUCCAAGCUCUCUCCAUUACAGGUAAUGCUGGGGCUGGCCUGCAUUAGGAUGUGUUCCAUUAAGAGAGGACAGUGAGAAGAACAGGACUGUCCUGGCAGCACCAGUACUCAGGUUAAUGGGACAUUCGUAUUUUACAUGUGGGUGGAGGCAAGCUGGGGUCUGCUGGAUGCUGCAGCAUCCUGUGCUGAGGAGCAGUGUAGGGUCAGCAAGCAGUGCAAUGUUCCAAGAAAUACUGGGCUCAAGGAGCUGUCUUUCCAUUGCCAUUUUAGGAGCUUUCAGUCAGGCACUGUCCAGAGAAGGAAAGUUGCUUCCAAGAUUAAUGGAAAGCUUUUCUAAAUAAAUCUUAAAAUGUAUGAGUUCCUCGUAGUCCUGCCUUUAGUUCCUUCUUACAGACUCAGUGAAGGCAGCAGAGUUGAGGAAGAUGAGCAGGAUUUACCCUGAUGGUAAGAUUAUUUUAAAACAUCUAGAGCUAGUUAAGGAUGAUCUCACUGAACUUUAUCUGCCAGGGUCUGAGGGCUUUGUUUCUCUGCUCCAGAUGCAGAUGCAUCACAAGGACCUAAGACAUUUGCAAAGACCAGAUCACCCUGCACCCCUGCAGUUGUAGUGACAGCAUCAGCUACUGGAGGAGCUCUGAACCGUGGGUGUUGCUGUGGCAAGUGAUGAGCUCUCAGGACUCACCUUCUUGGUCCCAAACAGUUAUCAAGGUGAUGGGGAAGGGCCAGGAUGAGUAACACAAACUUCUGAAGCAGUGGCCUGCCUCGUACCCUGCUUGAUUCAGGGUCUUGAGGAGUACAAAGUGCUUACAUGUAUAUUGUUUCAAGUAUACAUGUUGCUUUUCUUCAAUGAAAAACAUUAACACUAGAGCUUCCAAAUAUUACAAGUUAAAUGGAAGUGAGAUUUGGCUGCUGUUCAGCAGGGGACAGGAAUAUCUGCCUUGCCUCCUUUUAUCCCUUUGUGGCCCUGCUGUGGUUGUUUAUUUAAAGGAACAAAACUCUCAUUCCCUUUCUUUCUUCAAGACAGUGGUCUUGAAUCUUAACUAGUGCAGCAUGAAAGGUGUCUCACUGCUCAGCUCCUUUUCCCUAGGAAGGAUUAGAGCAGCUCAGUGGCUGUUAAGCGUUGGGUUUUGAGAGACUCUGAUAGAGAUGCACAAAAGGAGAAUGGUCUUCCAAAGCCUGAAAUUUGGUUCCCACUACAGAUUUGGCAUCAUGUCUGUCCACUUGAUGUCUUAGUAUGGAACCUCCAAAUCUCAAAGUUUAUUUCGGCAGUCAGGCGCUGAUAUCCCCAAAAUAAAGUGCGUCCUUGCAGUGAAGCUUAGUUGAUGUGCAGUAACAGCCUCAUCAAGACAUUUUUCAAGCUUUUUACCACUGAAUGUAAAUUACAAAGAGAAGGGAUUUUUUUGUCCUCUGUGUGUCCUCUCUAAUGAAGUUUUUGGUCAAUGGAGUUCAGAGAUCAAGUGUCUUUCUUGUAUAUUUUUCCUUUUUCAGUUUAUGAAUUGUUUAAAUGUUGUAAAUUAAUUCAAAACAGUUAGUAAAAACUAAACUCUCCAUCUGUCAGAGAUGCUGUAUAUUGAUUGAUAUAGAACUGGAAAGGAGUGUCUUAUGACUUUUAAAAUGUAAAGCUUAUGAAAUGUUUAUAUGCUCUUCCAUUUCCUAUGAAUUUUGUGACAAGAUACAAACAAGACUGUUUGUGCCAAAGUUUGUGACAAGCCCUCUUUCUGGCAAACAAGGAACCUUUAUGUAUAAAUAGUGUGCUUUUAUAUUAAGAAAAUAGCUCAUGUAACUUAAUAGUGUUGCAACUGGGAGAGGGGUUUGAUAAACUGUAAAUACAGUUAUUUUAUUUUUUGUACAUUUUUA